AGCUCCAGCCCUUCUCUGAGAGGGAUACUAGGUGACAGCAGCCAUGCUCCUGACAGCCUGGCCUCAGGGACUUCAUGGACCCCCUGAAGCUCAUCCAUGGACCUCCAUGGACUACAGGGCCUGAGCCAUGGAAUUGGCCCUAGGGCAGCAGGAACCUGUUGUUUCAGAAGUUGGUGACCUUUGAGGAUGUUGCUGUAUACUUCACCCAGACAGAAUGGGAUGGCCUAUCCCCUGCACAGAGGACCCUGUACAGGGAUGUGAUGCUGGAGAAUUAUGGGAAUGUGGCCUCCCUGGGAUUUCCACUUCUCAAGCCUGCUGUGAUCUUGCAACUAGAGGGAGGAGGUGAACUGGGGGGCCCAUCUCCACUGGCUGUUGGAACACGAACAGACUCCCAGGACCUCUGGAAUGUAGAUAUUGAUAUUCAGACUGACAAUAAUUUGACAAAGGAAAUGUGUGAAGAAAAAGGUAAUACAUUAUUUGAACUUCAGAAGAACUUCUCCCAGGAAGCAGACUUUUCAGAACCCUAUAUUCUAGAGAAACAACAGAAAGUCCACUCAGGAGGAAAUUCGAAGAUGGGAAAGAGCAAUGUUAUUGUUGGAACAGUGAAAGAUGAGAUGAGCUCCAUGGAGGAGUUUUUCUUAAGUCAAAGUCCAAACUUGUAUCAGUGUCAUACCGUCUCCACUGGAGAGCAGCCUCCUGAGUGUUCAGGACUGGGGAAACCCAUCAGCUUUGACACAAAACUUGUUAAGCAUGAAAUAAUAAAUUCUGGGGAAAUGCCUUUCAAAUGUGAAGAAUUAGUGGAAACCUUUAGGUGUAACUCUCAAGAAAGCUACACUGAGGAGAAGCCUUAUCAAUGUAUAGAGUGUGGCAAAGCCUUCAGCCUUAAUGAAAAAUUAAUUUGGCAUCAAAAACUUCAUGGUGGGGAGAAACCCUUCAAAUGUGUGGAGUGCGGGAAAAGCUUUAGCUACAGUUCCCAUUAUAUCACACAUCAGACAAUCCACAGUGGAGAGAAGCCCUAUCAGUGUAAGGUGUGUGGGAAGGCCUUCAGCGUGAAUGGGAGUCUAAGUAGGCAUCAGAGAAUCCAUACGGGAGAGAAGCCGUAUCAGUGCAAAGAGUGUGGAAAUGGCUUCAGUUGUAGUUCUGCAUAUAUUACACAUCAGAGAGUCCACACUGGAGAGAAGCCUUAUGAGUGUAAUGACUGUGGGAAAGCUUUCAAUGUUAAUGCAAAAUUAAUUCAGCAUCAGAGGAUCCACACUGGAGAGAAACCUUAUGAAUGUAAUGAAUGUGGAAAAGGCUUCAGGUGCAGCUCCCAGCUUAGGCAGCAUCAGAGUAUCCACACUGGAGAAAAGCCUUAUCUGUGUCAAGAGUGUGGAAAGGCCUUCAAUAAUAAUGCAAAACUCAUUCAGCAUCAAAGAAUCCACACAGGUGAGAAACCCUAUGAGUGCACUGAAUGUGGAAAAGCCUUCAGUGUCAAAGGGAAGUUAAUCCAACAUCAGAGAAUUCACACCGGUGAAAAACCCUAUGAGUGUAAUGAAUGUGGAAAAGCCUUUAGGUGUAACUCGCAGCUUCGGCAGCAUCUGAGAAUCCACACUGGGGAGAAGCCCUAUGAGUGUAAUGAGUGUGGAAAAGCCUUCAGUGUUAAAGCAAAGCUAAUGCAGCAUCAGAGAAUUCACACUGGGGAGAAACCCUUUGAAUGUAAUGAGUGUGGGAAAUGUUUUACUUCUAAAAGAAACCUACUUGAUCAUCACCGAAUCCAUACUGGAGAAAAACCCUACCAAUGUAAGGAAUGCGGAAAAGCCUUCAGUAUUAAUGCCAAACUAACUAGGCAUCAGAGAAUACACACUGGGGAGAAACCUUUCAAGUGUAUGGAAUGUGAGAAAGCAUUCAGCUGUAGUUCUGACUAUAUUGUGCAUCAGAGGAUCCAUACUGGAGAGAAACCGUUCAGAUGUGUGGAAUGUGGCAAGGGCUUCCAUGUUAAUGCCCAUUUAGUUCGACAUCAGAGAAGCCACACUGGGGAGAAACCAUUCAGAUGUAUGGAGUGUGGCAAAGGCUUCAGCUUUAGUUCUGACUGUAUUAUACAUCAGACGGUCCACACUUGGAAGAAGCCAUAUGUGUGUAAUGUGUGUGGGAAAGCCUUCAGGUUUAGCUUCCAACUCAGUCAGCAUCAGAGUGUCCAUAGUGAAGGAAAAUCCUAAUAAUGAGAAAGAUGUAGAAAACUCUUAAGGUUCAUGCCAAAAUGGAUCAAGUAUCAGAUUCACCUGGUGAAAAACUCUGAAAGUAAAGUGAAUAUGGAAACAGAUCUUUUCUAUUUUAUUCAAUUUUUAAUCCAGAAAGGAUGUCCAGUUAAGAAGAGACAUCCAAAAAUAAAUAGCUUUGUUUUGUACCAACAGGAAAGAAAACAUAGAGAAAGAAAAUAAUCCUAUUCCCAGCAGCAUCAAGAAAAGUAGAUUUUCUAGGAAUAAGCAAUUAUUAUGGAGGACCUAGAUGGAGAACAUUAAGUCUUCACUGAGGGCCACUGAAGGAAACUUGAAUAGUUGGGGCGAAAGAAACCUUGUUCUUGGAUAGGAAAACCUACAUUAUAAAGAUAAUCUACCUAAGUUAAUUUAUUUCUUUAAAAUUUUUGACAGUAAGCAUGCAUUGCUUAUGAAAAGAGGAAGAAUAAUAAAGAUUACUUUAAAAAAGGAAAAAA